CGAAGGUGGUGCUCGCGCGGCGAGAGGAGAGUCAGAGCGCUGGUGUUUCUGAUUCGCCGCAGCCAAAGUAUGGUCAUGGUUUUUGUGGAUCUUCGCAAUGUCGACUGCUGACGAAACAGACGUGCUCGGACGCUCUGUGUUCAACACUAAGCCAUCGGGCCGGACCGGCUUACGACAUUUUUAUUAGGAACAACGCAUCGUUUGAAGAGAAGGUGCAAGGAGGUGGCGCUUCUGCCGAAGCAGGUUGGCAAAGUAGGAUAGCAGAGGGUGUUUGUGGGGGAACCGUACACCGCGCAGGGAAAGUGGCGUCGAGCGGAAGAAAGAAUGGGUCGUCCCUUUCCGAAAUCUCGCACAUCAGCGCAGUCUCAUUAAGGUCCAACCGACACGUCAGCAUAGUCUGAUUAUGAAGUGCCGGAGCACGUAGCCGCCAGAUCAGUUGGGUGAGAAUGGGGUUUGUCGAUAGCCUGUCUACGACCACCACGCGAUAGGCGCAGCGGGCGGAUGAUGUUGUAAAAAGCGAUCGGUUGAAACGACGGCCCAAAGACUCGACACUUCGGGCGAAGCAUUCCCGCAAGGAUAGGUGGACUUCGGCGUGGAGGUGUGGCACGAGUAAAAAAUUUGCGCUGACAAACCCACGUCGAGUCGACCAUGAGAGGCGCGUCUUAGAGCUGAGGAGGACUCUUCUGUUAGCACCUCACGAUGGGCGGAACGAGGAUCACAGAGGACCUGUAUAUGCAUCUCCGCUUGCAGGUCGAACAGUAUCAAGAAUGAUUAAACUUUCUUCCACGACGAGAAAAAAUGGUUGCGAUGUGACAAAAAGUCAACAAAAUUCUGUUGUAUAUAGAUAACGUCAUUUGUUUUCAUUUUUAGUUCACAUCAGCAUUCGUUUUUUUUGCACACAUACCUUUUCGUUUUGAUGGCAUUGUUGUGGACUCAAUCAUUGCUUUGGAAACAUUGUUGUACUGGAAGGAGGCGAAAUUGUUUUGUACAAAGCAUAUCAGCUUUUUAGCUAGUGUGUAUGGAGACGGAC